AUGCCUGUCAUUCCUGAUGCCGCGGAGUUCCCUACAGCUACUAAGGGAAACAAUGAGCCUCAGCAGAAACCGGACGCUGAAAAGCCAAAAGCCUCGGCUUUCGAUCAUAUUUCGAAGGGGCCUGUAAUUCCUGAUGAAAUGCCGCCUAAGGCUUCAUCGGAAGAGAUCCAAGCUCGGAUGAAAGAGCUCAAUGAACUAAGCAAGUCCAAGAAAGAUUAG